AUGGCGAUAGAAAUCCCCAUCCAAAAACCGGUAAUCACAUCGACAAAACUCGACUUGAACAAAGAACAAGUAUCAAGUCCUGACCAGACCUUGAACAGUCUUCUUCGUCACGAUCUGGUAACAUCAGACUUUGAGGAAUUGAAAUUCCAAGCUGCAGCAUCCCGUCAAUUGCAAUUGCAAAAAGAAGGACAGCAAUAUCCAUCUUCGGACACUGAUUCCCGUCUAAUCGCCUCGCCAUAUAAUGAAUCUCCGCAUCUUCUCGAUUUGAAGACUCUGGACGACCAAAGUCGACUUUUAUCUCUUGCAUUGGCGUAUUUCAAGCCUAUUCGAAACGACUAUGCCACAGCAGAGUACUUAGACUCUUUCAACUGGACCGAAGUCUUCGAUCUCCUGAAGACUUUUUCAGAGAAUGAGGGUCACACAUGGACAACGCAAACAUUCUAUGUCGUGUCCUUUCGGUCACGGUUACAGCCAAAUAUCGAUAAUGAGUAUUUGCAUGCAUUGGAUGCCUACUCGCACCAGGAAGCUACCGCAAGUGGUGGAUUGUUGAAAUAUUGGUUUGGGACGAAGAAUGAGCAGCGGCAGAACCUGGCAACUUGUAUCUGGCGCAAUAGAAAUGAUGCGAGGCUGGGUGGUCGAGGACCGUGGCACGCCAAGGCGAGAGCGGCUGGGCGAGAAUGGUAUGAAGAGAUUGUCUUCUCGACCAUGAAGUUGGUUAUUGAGAAUGGUGUUUCAUCUUGGAGCAUGAGUGAAUGGACGAAGGAAGACGAAUGA